AGGUAACGGAAAAAGAAACUGGACAUAAUUAAAAACAAUGUCGGAAAACGUAAAUACAGUGAUGAAUGGAUCACAGCCAUCGACCUGUUUCAACAAUCCUACAGUAGAAAAAAUCGGAAAAACGUUUUUUUACUGCUCGAUUUUUCUUGUUUCGCUGGCUGGGAACACGGUAAUCGGAAUAAUUGUAUACAAGACGAAAACCAUGAGAAAACCUAUCAACUUUUUAAUCGUAAGCAUGGCCAUCUCCGAUCUGCUGUACCCGAUUUUCUUGAUCCCUAUGUUGAUGCAAGGGCUCUAUAUCAAGGACGCUUGGCUGAUUGGUGGUCCUCUUGGCCAGGCCUUAUGUAAGCUGGUUUUCUUCUUAACACAUGCCUCCGGACUUGUGUCUGUUCUAAGCAUGGUUCUGAUAGCAGUGGAUCGAUUUGGAGCUGUGGUAUUUCCUAUCCGUUCUCCGCCCAUCAGUUCAAAACUGUGCCCGUUCUUCAUUCUCACCACUUGGAUCAUCGCGAUGGCUGUAGGCUCCCCAUAUCUCUUCGUCAUGAAACUUGUUGAAUAUCCAGGGAGAUUGGAAUGCAAGAUGCUAUGGAACGAAGUCUUUGGAGAGACCUUCUCUUUUAAUAAUUACUUCGUGGCAUUUUCGGUCGUAUUCAUUUUUAUCCCGUUAGUGUUGAUAGCCAUACUAUACAUUAUCAUCUUUUUAAAGCUCAAGUCGCGGAAGAUUCCAGGCGAGCAAUCGGCCAACACUGAAGCUGAGCAACGCCGGCAAAGGGAACGAAACGUGUUAAAGAUGGCCAUUGCUAUUGUGUUGGGGUUUGCAGUUUGCUGGUUGCCCUUCAUUAUCAUGUAUUUACUCGUCUUCUUUGCAUCGGAUAUCGUGAUGUCUUGUGGCUUCCAAUAUUUUAACUCUUCUGCUUUUUUAAUGCUCAGCGCAAAUUGUGCCAUAAAUCCUUGUAUCUGUUUUAUUUUCAGUAGCAAUUAUCGUGAAGGACUUAAGACUCUCCUUAGAUAAAUGUCAUUUGAACGGUGUAUUAACCUUCUGUAGAGUCUGUCGAGAGGUUCAGUGGAUCUAAAACUUAUAAAACACGUUAAUUUAAAACUGCUUUGUAUUGUGCACCAUAAUGCCUUUAAUAAACUUUACAGAUGGGUUGG